AUGACAAAAAUUACUUCUCCACAAGAACCAAACGAUAGAGUCCCCAGCAAAAACUGGGCAGAAAUGAUGGAAAAUGAGAAGUUCACGGCAUGGCCACACCCAGGAAUAAAAGGGAAAUAUGAUAACCAGACCUACCAAAGUGCCAACCAGGAAAGUGAUAGGAAACCCGCAAGAUUAGACAAAUUUGACACCGACAUGGACAGUGACUCAGAACUGGGCAGAGAAACAGACGGCACAGACUUAAAGUUGGAUAUUAUGCUAUAG